AUGUCGUUCACUGCGUUAGCACGACUUAAAAAACGUAGAUUAUUAGUCCGGUGGCUUUUUACUUUCCCAUCGGAACAAUAUAGCAAACACACCUAUAUAUCGGAGAAUGCUCUUCUUCCUGGUCAGGUUAAUACAUAUUACGGCUGGCAGCAAGUAUUUGAUGCCACAGCUUAUAGAGAUCGCAUCAAAUCAAUGUCAAAUUCAUCAAAUAUAGAGAAAAUAAAUUACAUAGAAGGGGAAUUGCGAAGAGCUGGAUUAAAAACAGCUACACAAAAUUUUACUGCAAUAUCCUCAGGAAAGGUUAUAUCCGGAAUUAAUGUGUUCGGAGUGUUGAGCUCUCCUCGUACUGACGGCACGGAAGCAUUGGUUCUUAGCGCACCGUGGAGAUCUAAAGAUGGCGUAACUACCAAUAUUAAUGGAAUAGCUGCUGCUCUAUCAUUGGGAAAAUUCUUUAAAAGUACAGAUUAUACAUAUUGGUCAAAGGAUAUUAUCAUUUUGAUAACAGAUGGGGGUGAGGUUGGAGUACAAGCUUGGCUAGAGUCGUAUCAUGAUCAUAAACAAUCAGGUAUCGAGGCAUCUCCUUUAUUUUUACGGUCAGGUGCGAUACAAGCUGCCAUAAAUUUGGAUUUUCCAGGAACUAGUAAUUAUAAAGCAUUAGGAUUGUUUUUUGAAGGCCUCAAUGGACAACUUCCUAAUUUAGAUUUGAUUAACACUGUCGUACGAGUGUGUCGUAUGUCAAGUAACAUUCCCAUAAUGCUUCGUGAUUCCGGACGCUGUUAUACACAUUAUGAUUCUGGUGAUUACCAGUCUUCUUUCUAUAAUCUAAUAACAUUUAUGAAAUAUCAGGCUCUAGGACAUCCAACUGGGAGCCAUGGCUUGUUUUUUAGAUAUAAAAUUGAUGCAAUUACUUUAUAUGGCCAAGUUGAUGCAUCAAUUGGAAAUUCUUAUGGUUUUUUUGAAAUUGGAUCCCUUUUUCCUUUUCUUUUUGUUGUUUACGCCUUAGAACUAUGGGGAACCACUAGCGACGAUGAGACAGAUUUAAUACCUAAUAGUAAUCAUGUUCAAUCGUCCAGUCCAUUGAAUAAUGAGACUAAUGUUCAAUCGUCCAGUCCAUUGAAUAAUGAGACUAAUGUUCAAUCGUCCAGUCCAUUGAAUAAUGAGACUAAUGUUCAAUCGUCCAGUCCAUUGAAUAAUGAGACUAAUGCGUCUACACCCCUAGCAUAUCUAAGGCGCCCGAGAGAAAUUUUAAUGCCAGUAGCUGCGCUAGUUAUAUCUCAUUUUGCUGGGUUUAUCAUUUUCUUUGUCGUAAAAAAUCAUUUUAAAUUUUCUCAGAUAUCGAGUAUUUUUGGAAUCGAUGGAUAUUUAUUUACCUUGGCGAUAACCACAAACAUAUCAAUAAUAGCUACAUUGUCACCAUCACCAGAUUGGGUAAUUCUUAAAUCGUUUAUAUUAGCUUUUACAGCAAUGAUAAUAUCAUGUUUAUCAGUAUUAAAUUUUAGUUUAGCAGUAUUUAUAUCAAUAAUAGUUGUAAUACCAUUUUCGUUAUUUCAACCAAGUACUUAUGAAAUGAUAAGAUAUUUGGAAUUAAUAGUAUUAGUUCUUAUUUCACCACCAGGAAUAUUGAUUAUUUCAAAAAUCAAUUUAGAAGAAUUUCUUAGGUGGACUAUAAUGGAAUAUGAAUUACUUGGAAGUUAUUUUUUACCAUUUAUUUGUUGCCUGUAUUGGCCAAUUAUUUUGGUUUAUGUUGUAAUUAUAUUUUCACCUAUUAAAUGA